AUGGAGGGAACCUCAGAAAUUCAAGAUACUGGGGGGUCCACGUCAUCUCGUUCAGACAGUAGUGAAUCUGAACCCACGGUCAAGGCAUCCCUAUCUUGUCAUCAUACUUUCGCAAGUCGCCGUUCUUUCAUGUCCAAACCUAUAUAUCCCUUGUCAUUUCCUCCACAAACUCCCCCCAGAGAGGCUUCUGACUUCACAGUUGCUGGGUUUCCUGAUUUUGAUGCUGCCACUCCUCAGAGAGAUGGCCACCGCUGGAGCAGUGCCAGCAGCAGUGUUGAUUUUACUGAUGUUUCUGAGUCAUUUGAGGCAGAAAUUUCUGGUCGACACUUUAGUAAUAUGUCUGAGGGGUUUAGAUGUGGCUUGUGUGAUAGGUUCCUUUCACAGAGAUCACCUUGGAGUUCUCGUCGCAUAGUCAGAAGUGGAGAUAUGCCAAUCACUGGGGUUCUUUCUUGUUGUCAUGUUUUCCAUGCAGAGUGCUUGGAGCAAACAACACCGAAGAUCCGCAAAAGCGACCCUCCCUGCCCCCUAUGUGCCCGACUUGAGGAGGAAAAUCUCUCUGAACAGCAAAGCUUUUCUAGAUUGCGAGCUAGUUUUCCAAGACUUAGACCAAUUAGUGAUGAUGGACCAUCCAGGCCUUGGGGAUGCGCUCAGGUGGGAGAUUGUGUUGAAGGGGCUUUGCAUGCUCCCCCACGCAAUAGUAUGCUGUUGCUCAAUAAGAGUCGCAUAAAGAAAAAUCUUUCUUUGAAAAGCAAUUCGAGCAAAGAAUUUCCUGGUAAAUUGAGAAAAAGCGGCGCUUACUAUUCACAACAUCUGAGUGGAAAAUCAGUUGAUCAGGGAGCAGUUGGAUGCUCAAAGUCAAAGAUGACAGCAGGGCCGAGUAUUAAGAGCUGA